GGGCAACGUUGGCAACGUUGGUACGGGCAACGGGGUAACAGUGCGGAAGAGCAGACGCUUGUCGGUACGGCCACCAAUCUGUAAAGCUUUCGAAUCCUCUUAACCUCGCUCUGCGACCUCUUCAGACCGCACGAAAUAAUGGCUUUCAAGUGCGCGCUGUCAAGACUACGACUCGGACUCGCCAGACCUCACAUUUCUAAGCGCCUUUUUUCCCGGUCUCAAUGUCUGGCAGAUAUGGAGCCGGCGCCCCAGACGGAUGCGGUGCAGCCUUUUGGCGGCCACCGGGUUCGUGCCACAAACACGAUGGAGUUCAUUGCGGAGACAGCCUACGAUGGCAUCCCCAUGUACCGAGUCCUCAACAAAGACGGCACGCUCAUCAACGAAUCUGAAGACCCCAAGCUGGACAAGGAGCUCCUACUGAAGAUGUACCGCAAGAUGCUGCUGAUGAACAGCGUGGACCGCAUCAUGUACGAGUCCCAGCGGCAGGGACGCAUCUCCUUCUACAUGACGCACUACGGCGAGGAGGGCACUCUGCUCGGGAGCGCCGCCGCCCUCGACAGCCGCGACCUCGUCUUUGCACAGUACCGCGAGUAUGGUGUCUUGUUGUGGCGCGACUACACGCUGGACCAGACGAUGCAGCAGUGCUUCGCGACUCACCUGGACCCGGGCAAGGGGCGGCAGAUGCCCAUCCACUACGGCUCCAAGGACCUCAACUUCGUCACCAUCUCGUCCACCCUCGCCACCCAGAUGCCGCAAGCGGUGGGCAGCGCAUACGCCUUCAAGAUGACGCAGAGUCCCCGGUGCGUCGCCUGCUACUUUGGGGACGGCGCGUCCAGUGAAGGCGACGCUCACGGCGCCCUUAACUUUGCCGGCGCCCUCGAGUGCCCCAUCAUCUUCAUCUGCAGAAACAAUGGAUACGCCAUCUCUACACCGACCCAGGAGCAAUACAAGGGAGAUGGAAUAGUUGCCCGCGGCCCUUCGUAUGGCCUCGUCUCGAUCCGGGUGGAUGGCCAAGACCCCCUGGCAGUGUACAAGGUGGUCAAGGAAGCCCGCCGCAUCGUCAUGGAGCAACAGAAGCCGGUCCUAAUCGAGGCAAUGACCUACAGGAUUGGCCACCACAGCACGUCGGACGACAGCACGGCGUACCGGUCGGUGGACGAGGUGAGGCACUGGGACGAACAGGGCCACCCCCUCACCCGGAUGCGCCGCUACCUCAUGGAUCGGGGCCUCUGGUCCGAGGAGGAGGAGAAGGCCGCAAAGGCCCAGUUCCAGAAGGAGGUCCUCCAGAGUCUGACGGCGGCAGAGAAGCUCCCCAAGCCCCCAGUCCAGGAGCUGUUCAGGGAUGUCUACAAGGACAUGCUGCCGCACCUGCAGGAGCAGAUGGACGGCGUCCUGGACCACCUCAAGACGUACGGGGAGCAUUACCCGCUUGACCAGUUCCUCAAGGAGGAGGACAGAUAGGCACAAGACGCUCGUCCCGCCCGCCACAGAGUCGCACCGGGCCAACGUUUGGCCGACACCUCUCGCAGACGCGCUUAAGACACCUCGCUGAUGGGGCGGUCUCGCCGAGGCGACGCCGUUGGUGCCUGCAAUGCGUCUCCGUCCAGUGCGUUUACGGCGUCCGCAAAUGUGAUCCCUCGAUUCUCGCCUACUUUCCUUGUCGUUAAUUCACGGAAGCUGCGGCAGCCAGGAAUCGGGACGCUCGCGUUCGCUCAUACUUUUUCCUCAAACCGUUGACCACUAGGAUUGCGACGUCGAACGACGUGGCACGUCGUGACGUCAUUUGUUGCCACUUUGGGACUGUUUUCGAUGCAUGUGUGGAGUGGGAUGCCAAACACGCCAGUCGAAGGCGCAUUGCAGGCACCGUGGCGACACUGAGGCAUAUCGGAAAUGUUGGUCGAUCGUCGUGCCCCCCCACGCGGGCAUAGCUCAAUGUUUGGCAACUCCGUUCGGAUAUAGAUUCGGAUUUGUCGGCGACCGCACUCGAAUAAUGACCUGGAUUGUUCUUGCACGUUCUGACCUAGUUUUUACAAUGGGCAAUCGAACGUCUGUUUGUAAAAAGUGCUGCUAAGGUGUCUCCUGCAGGUUCGUUUCCUCGUGUCGGUAGGGAAAAACGUGGCCAAAAGGCCUCGUUGGGCAACAUAACAUUGAUUUGUUUUUCAGUAAGCAGUAACACAUCCUUAAAUGCAGAAUGCAAGUUUGUCUGCUUCUUGCGCAGGGGUUGCAAUGAUGUGAGAACGCCGAGCUCUUAUUGGCUGAUUGAAAAAAAAAUAGGCGGUAGACCUCGAGGCAUCUAGCAUUGAGGUCUACACACUAUCCUUUUAAUCAAAGCCAUUCAUAGCUCAGUGUCGUUCUGACGUCAGCGCAGCUCCUUCGAAAGAAGCAGACGACUUGCUCUCCACAUUGUAGAAAUCAAUCCAAGGUCGAGGCUCGGCGCAAGGUUUGAGUGGGUGGCAUAGCGAGACAUUUUUUGCGUGUCUGCAAACAGUGCCGAACUGUUGGUCAUGUGCGACUGGGAUCCUGCAAAGCAGACGAAAAGCACAGCGACGGGAAAGAUACGCCUUUGGCGGGAGUUGGGAAAACACAAGUUGUGAUAGACUGCAUUUUAGAGAGUGUUAUAUAAUUAUUCCAGCAUAAGCUUGCACGUCUUUGGUUGGUUGUUUUUUUUUCUUGUUAUUAGAAGUGCAGAAAAUCGGACAGAAAUUUUGCUCUGGCAAUCAUUGACGACCAAAAUGUCUAAAUGAAGUUGAAGUGCCAUUAUUUUGUUUGUUUCCCUCCAAUUUUGUGUAUCGUCCAAGGUUUUCUGCAUCUUGAAGUCGCCGUAUAGCUUUGUGUACUAUUUUGUGCCACUUUAUAGGUUUAUUUUAAAAUGGAGUGACAGGGAAUACUGUAUGUGUUCACAACCCCCGUAUGUCAACAAUUCGCCGCUCUCUUUUUGACCCGUGCUCCUCAAGUCAUAGAGCACUGAAAAGAGCGUCCGUAUUGUUUCGUCGAAAUGCAUUUCGGGGAAAUAGGUUUUGUGAACAACAUUUUAUCAACACGCACUUCACGGACAUCAUUUUGUCGGCACUGUGGCGUUUCGUGGAAAUUCAUUUUGUGGGCAGAUGCUCUUGUAACAAUCGCCAACAACACUAAUUUUAAUGUGAAAACAUUAACUGGUUCCAUGGAGCGGAGCCGGCGGCAUCUGUAACUGCGAAACAACGCGAAAGAAAUGCCCAUUCUCCCAUUGGCUGAGCGAAACAGCUCCCAGAUAGCCACUGGCAGCCGCUUCACGAGAACGCGCACUCAGUCGCUGCUCUCGUGUUGGCCGUUUCGGGGGGGGGGGGGCUGUUGCUGCUGCUCUUUCUCCUCUCAGCGCCAAGGAACAUGGUGGCGCCUGAGGCGUCUAUAUCGUCGGCGGCCGCAACUUGGGCACUAGCGAAACGCGGCCGUCCACGCCAGCACACCGCAGACGAACUAGGGGAGCGGAAGAACGACAUCCAUGCUUUCACAUUCACAACUCAUAAGAAGUGCUUAGGUGUCCCGGAACUUUUUUUGCCAAGUGGAUUGGAUUUGAUUACUUGCAACAGACUUUUGGGCCUUAACCUGCACCAAGCCUUGUCGGAACUGCCAAGAGUUCGACAAGUUAGGCUACCAUCUGGAUUCCGGCGACUGAGGUGAUGGGCAUGGACUUCGACGAAAUGUCACAAGAUUUGCUGAUGAAACGAAAGCUGGAGCCUUAGAAAACGAACUGUCAAUGAAACGUCACAGUGUCAAUGAAACGAUCUUGACAAACUUGUUGACACUGUUGAAAAGGACUCUGAACCUUCCCAAAUGCUUUGCUAAAACACUGCUUAUUCUUUUUUUUUAGUAAGUUUUCACAAAACUUUUUUGAGCUUUAGCCUUGUUUGCUUCUUUACACACUACAUGCCCAAGUCCCUACGUGGUAGUGUUUUGAUUGUUUAUUUGCACAGGAUAUGAGGCUAAGUUUUAUUUGACGAUGUGUCCAACAUGAACGUUGUUCAACGUUGCAUUUGCGCCGGGUAUUUGUCUAUGUUUUCGUUUGUGAUUACAUUCGUUUAGAAAAAAGAUAAGUUGAUAAUAUAUGACACCGGUGGACGGCAAUAAUUAUGUUGUGCUAUCGUGUGUAAAAUAAUAAUAAUAAUAAAAUGAUUUGUGCAUUUCU